GUCAACAGAGCCGUGUCAGUGGACAGGCAGGAAUAGAAAGAAGACUUCAGCUUCAAACCAGCGCCUUUCAGGAUGAACGCCGAACCUGUUGUUAUCGUUUCUGCCGCCCGGACUCCAAUAGGCUGCUUGAGUGGCGCUCUCUCCUCGCUGACUCUGCGUGACCUUUGCUCGCCUGUGAUAAAGGAUGUUCUGAAGCGGGCUGAGGUGAAACCAGAAGAGGUCUCUGAGGUUAUCAUUGGACAUGUUCUCACUGCAGGUCAAGGGCAGAACCCGGCACGUCAGGCCAGCGUUGCCGCUGGUAUCCCGUAUCCUGUCCCUGCCUGGAGCUGCCAGAUGGUGUGUGGCUCUGGGCUUAAAGCUGUGUGUCUGGGAGCUCAGUCCAUCCAGUCUGGAGAGUCCACUGUGGUAGUAGCAGGGGGCAUGGAGAGCAUGAGCAGGGCUCCUCACACUCUGCAAAUGAGAGCAGGAGUGAAGAUGGGUGACGCCUCCCUGCAGGACUCCAUGGUUGCGGAUGGCCUGACCGAUGCCUUCCACAGCUAUCACAUGGGAAUUACAGCUGAGAAUGUUGCGAAGCAGUGGGGAAUCAGUCGAGAGCAGCAGGACCUUUUUGCUGUCAAUUCUCAAAACAAAACCGAGGCGGCACAGAAAGCAGGACAUUUUGAUCAGGAGAUUGUCCCCAUCACAGUGCCCUCCAGAAAAGGUCCUGUUGAGGUGAAGAUGGACGAGUUUCCUCGACACGGAAGCAACAUUGCAACCAUGUCCAAACUCAAACCGUGUUUUGUUAAGGACAGCAGUGGCACUGUCACAGCUGGAAACGCUUCAGGCAUAAAUGAUGGAGCAGCAGCUACUGUUUUAAUGAGCCAAUCAGAGGCUUCGAGACGGGGCAUAAAACCCAUGGCCAAAAUUGUUUCAUGGGCUCAGGUAGGCCUGGACCCUUCUGUCAUGGGAACCGGGCCAAUACCAGCUAUCAGGAAAGCGGUGGAGAAAGCAGGCUGGAAGCUGGAUCAAGUUGAUUUAUUUGAGGUCAACGAAGCAUUCGCUGCACAGUCUCUUGCUGUGAUUAAGGAGCUCGGCCUGAAUGAAGACAAGGUGAAUGUGAGCGGCGGGGCCAUUUCUCUGGGCCAUCCCAUUGGCAUGUCGGGCUGCCGAGUCCUGGUUACGCUACUGCAUGCUCUGAACAGAACUGGAGGAAGAAAAGGCGUGGCAUCCCUCUGCAUUGGAGGAGGGAUGGGCGUCGCCAUGUGUGUGGAGAGGGUUUGAGGUACAAACCUCUUAAAGCUUAGAUUGCACUUGAUUUAUUUUUAGCUAAUUAAGGGAUUAUAAAAUCUGUUUACAUUGUUGGGUGAUGUAAAACAUGCUGUAAUGUGGUGGUCUUACCCCCUCUCCUAUAAAAAGCCAUUAUCACUGUGAAUUUGAAUUUCUCAGCUUUUGGUGUUUGACUUAGUGAUUAAAAUAUUUAGUCUGAACUGGAAAGUAAAGGUUUCUUAAACCUGUGCAGAUUACAGCUGUUAAGACUAGUCAGCUUCAUUAGGCUCCAGAAACAAAUUCCAAACGGUGAAGCUCAAGUUGUUACUUGGAGUACAGCUUUUAAACAAACACUGUCUUGUAAGGAUGUUUUUAAUUUUGCUGCAAUGAUUUAAGUCUUCAUUAGAAAGGUUUACAUUUCUCAACAUUCCAAUAUCAGCUUGUAGGAUGAACAUCUUUCCUCAAAGUUGUGCAGAUAAAACAUGUCAGUGCCAAUAAUUAGCUGCCUUCUCUAAUCUGGUGCUUCCUGUAGACUUAAUUUACUGUAAUGCAAAUAGGUACGUGCUGAUAAUAAUGAAUAAAGAGUCAUUUACAGCCA